CAUUGGAGUAAAUCUCGGCAUUCUUUUGUAACAACCGAUGCAAAUCUCUGUCUUCCACUUCCACGGAUUUCCCUUUUACUCUCACUAGUCCUCAAAAUUCAAAAACCUCUAGCUCUCUUUGAAAAAUCUACUUAAUUAGUGAAAAGAAUGCCCUCUCGGUUGCUACCAUCACCAUUUACCAUACUCAAUCUUACACUCAUAUUAUGUUCACUGCCAUCUCUUGCUCUCGCUUCUUGCAGAGCCUCUUGCGGCACCAUCAACAUACACUACCCAUUCGGUGUCGACGACGGCUGCGGAGCGCCGCAGUUUCGCGGGAUGUUCAACUGCACCAGCAAUGACUUGUUCUUCACAACACCUUCAGGUAGCUACAAAGUGCAGCGUAUCGACUACGAAAAGAAAACAAUGGAAAUUUAUGAUCCUGCAAUGUCUACAUGCUCUAUUCUCCAGCCUCACCAUGACUUUGUGAUGACAGAGGUGCAAUCUUUCAUAAUCCCUCCGACUUCAGACACUGUGUUCGCUCUCUUAAAUUGCUCGAUAGACUCGCCGGUUCUUAACCACUACAAGAAUCUCUGCUUCGAUUUCUCCGGUCAUUCUUGCGACGAGCUUUACGGCUCAUGCAAUGCGUUCAGAGUUUUUCAUUUGCUCACCAAUAGUUCGCCGCCGUGCUGUUUUACUGGCUAUGAUACUGUGAAGUAUAUGAGUAUGAAUAUCUUGGACUGCACGCAUUAUACUACGGUGGUCAACACUGAUAAUCUGAAGGGUGUUGGUCCGUUGGAUUGGGUAUAUGGGAUUAAAUUGUCGUUUAACAUGCCGGAAACUGGAUGUGAACGGUGCUCGCAGUCUGGUGGUACGUGUGGAUAUGACACUGAAACGGAAGGAAUGCUCUGUCUUUGCUCUGCUUCCAGUAAUUCUACUAGAGAAUGCGCUUCAGGAAGUAUCACUGCUGGUAUUGAAAGCAACCAUCUUACCUGGAGGUUUUUCAAUGCAUUGGUUGGUGUUUUGUGUGUACUCAGUUUGUAACUGUGUUCAUGACUGGAUUUUCACAUGGGACAAGCUUAUUUUUAUUUUAACUCCCAAUUUUAACUUAAAGUUGGAAAAAAAGUGCAAUUUGUUUGGUUAUUCCAUUAAAUGUUUUUAUUGCAAUUUGGCUCA